AUGCUGCCAAUAACAUCGUCUUCAGAUCCUCCAGUGGAAUGCUGGAGGGAUGUCACAGGACAAAAAGAUCCAAGUCAAGAAAAUCCUACAAGAGAAAAUCCUACACUCUAUGAUGAUGACAAACUGAAGUACUACCAAUUCCCAGCUCAAAUCUAUGAUGUAGACAUUUUCACAAUUAUGGAAGCAAACAUUUCGGAUGACAAACUGAAGCACUACCAAUUCACAGGUUACACCCUGUACCUUCUACCUAAACAUCGGCAAGUUGCAAGUGGAAUUCUGACUGGAGUGAAAGUAGGUCUCACAUCACACUGCGAUCUAAUCAAGAGUAUGGGCUCGACACAAGACAAAUGUGAAAUAAUCAGAUUAAAUGUUUGGAAAUGUCAAAACCAAUUCAAGAUAUAUGCUAUCUAUAAUCCACCCAAGAAUUGUCCCAACUUUUAUUUUCUGACCAUCUCAUACAAAACUGUAGUAUUAGGAGACUUCAACGCCCACUCCACCAGAUGGGGCUACAAGGAUACAAACAUAGCUGGAAAGGAAAUUGAAGACAUGCUAAACAGCAACCCUCUGGAACUAAUUUACAGCAAUGAGGAUCCGGCUACAUAUUUGCACUACAAUGGAACCAGAACAACUCCUGACUUGCUCCUGGCUCCAACCGACAUCAGUGAGCAUACUCGCCGCAAAAUAAUUGACGAUCCUGGUUCUGGUCACAAACCAGUCAUUGCUAAGGAUGAACUUCACACAAGUCCCCUCUACUUCAACCAACAUCCUGACAAACUUUGCAAUGAUAUCAAGAAUAUUAUGAUCAGAUGUGCACAGAAAACUAUUCCCCGUGGCAAGACUAAACACUAUCGAGUGUUUUGGUCUAAACACCUUGGGCAACUAAAAAGAAAGCGGGACGCCUUUCGCAACACUGCUGAUCAGACUGGAAGGACGGAAGAAGUACAAGCCUGGAGACGGCAGUCGGCUGUCCUAAGACAAGCCAUCUUACAAGCUAAACAGACUUCCUUCGACAAGUUCAUCUCAAAUAUCAACUAUCAAAGUGAUAGUCAACGCACUUUCAAAUUUCUGGGCAACCUCCAAAACAACAGAGAAAGACCCAGGAAAGAACCAAUACGCUUAAACAGCAAAUUGCUUACCACCGACACCGAAAUAGCUAACUACUUUGCGAGAUUCUAUUCCCACAAGCAAAAGAAAAACCCUUUUGUCAGAAAAUCUUCAAGAGAUUUAAAGAUGCAAGUAAGACAGUUUGGUAAAAUUAAGAAAGACAUAGCAACACCAAAUAGUGUACUUUCUGAACCAUUCAGACCUUGCGAACUUAAUGCUGCGAAUGUACUUUCUGAACCAUUCAGACCUUGCGAACUUAAUGCUGCGAUAAAAUAG